AUGCUGGAGCAAACAUACCGGAGACUGGUGAACAAAAUGUUUAAGGAUCAAAUCGGGCAGUACAUGAACGUAUACAUUAAUGAUUUGCUGGUGAAGAGCAAAGAACUGGAACAACAGUUAGAUGACCUGAGGGAAGCAUUCAGAGGGUUACAACAAUACAAAAUGAAGCUUAACCCAACUAAAUGCACAUUCAAAGUACAGUCAGACAAAUUCUUAGGCUUCAUAAUGUCAAAACAGGGGAUUGAAGCCAAUUCGGAAAAAGUCCAGGCAAUUGCUGGAAUGGAACCACUGAGGAACCUAAACAACGUGCAAAGGCUAGUAAGGAGAAUAACGGCGCUCAACAGGAGGGGAUUACGAGUAUAUAUGAUCGCGAAAGGCAGCACUGAAGCAUACUACACAAUAAGGCUUGAAUUCAAGGUCCUUAACAAUGAGGUCGAGUAUGAAGCAGUAUUGGCAGGACUCGCCAUAGCAAGAGCCUUGGGAGAAAAGGAGGCUGACAUGAAAGCAUACACUCAAGUCGUGGUCAGCCAAAUAACUGAAGAAUAUUUGGUAAAGGGCAAGAGGCUUAAAAAAUACCUACAACAAGUCAACCAAGGACACGAACCAUUUGAUUACUUCCAAAUAAGCCGUAUCCCAAGGCAGGACAAUUGA